AUGGCUCCCUCGACCGGAUUCCGAGCGCUCAUCAAUACAACAAUCGAUGUCAAGCUCCUGUGUCUACAGCGUCUCGUUCGGCUCUACGCAUUCGGAAUCUCGUCGCUAAUAUUAGCCCUUCACCUCGCAAAGCUAGGGUUUUCGGAGGAGAGGAUCGGGCUUUUCAUGACUCUCACCUUGCUUGGGGAUGUUUUCUUAAGCUUGGUGGUGACAGCGAUUGCCGACAGAAUCGGUCGGGCGAGGAUGCUUGCGCUAGGAUCUUUACUCAUGGCAUCCAGUGGAGUUAUCUUUGCGAUAUCGAAUAAUUAUUGGGUCUUAUUAUUAGCUAGCAUUUUUGGAGUUAUUAGCCCAAGUGGCGGCGAUAUCGGUCCAUUCAAAGCGAUUGAAGAGUCAAUGAUGGCUCAACUUGUUACAGCCGCCGACUUCAAUGCCGUUCUCGCUUGGUAUUAUCUGCUUGGCGCCUGGGGUACUGCCGCCGGGGUGAUGGGCACCGGAUGGGUGAUUCAAGUGCUUGAGCAUCGCGGACUUUCUACCCUGGUGGCGUAUAAAUGCAUGUUCUGCAUGUAUUCCCUAAUGGGAGUAAUCAAGUUGAUUCUGUCGGUUGUAUUGAGCAAAGCAUGCGAAAUGAAAGCAGAAAAAGAUACAACAAAUGCAGAGCGCGACCCACCAAUUGCCACGGAGGCUCAGCCACUCCUGCCAAAGCCCGAACCCGAACGCGACAUAAACAAUUGGAUAACACGCCUCUGCCCAACUUUGUGCAAGGAAUCCAAGAAAUUCCUCACCAAGUUCUGCUUCAUUAUCUCCCUUGACAGCUUUGGGUCCGGACUCGCGUCUAAUAGCUGGUUGACCUACUUUCUCACCCUGAAAUACGACAUGCAACUGGGAUUUCUGGGCUCCAUAUUUUUCGCCAGCAAUCUUCUGGCGUCGGUUUCGAACCUCAUCGCUAUUCCCGUCGCCCACAAAGUCGGUCUCAUCGCCACCAUGGUUCUGGGACACGUGCCAGCUUCAAUUGCGCUUCUUUUGCUACCUUUACUACCGACCGUAUUCGGUACGGUCACUUGUCUUUUGAUUCGAUCGAUUUUUAUUGAAUUCGAUCAAGCCCCGCGCCAGGCGUUCUUAGCGCAUGCGAUAUUGCCUGAAGAGCGCACAGUUGUCAUGGGUGGGGUCAAUGUGGUGAGGACGCUCUCGAGGAGUUUUGCUCCUUUUAUCACUGGGGUAUUAGGAGGGCGAGAUGGAAAGGGAGGAUAUAAAGGAAUAGGUCUGGCAAUUUCCCUUGCGGGAUGUCUCAAGCUGGCUUACAAUGUUCUUCUUCUCGGCGCUUUUGGGGUUCAAGGUUAA